AUGGGGCUCCUGGACCAGCUGUGGGACGACACGGUGGCCGGGCCGUGCCCGGACUCCGGCCUCGGCAAGCUCCGCAAGUACGCCUCCUUCUCCCCCUCGUCGUCCGCGUCCGUGGCCGCGGCCGCGCCGUCGCCGACCGCAGAGGGUGCGGCGGCGGGCUCCUCCGCGCCGCCGCCCGCCGUGACGCGGAGCAUCACCAUGCUGCGGCCCGCGGCGCUGUCCGUCAUCACGUCGCCCCGCAGCGAGUCCAGCUCCGCGCCGUCUUCGCCGUCGCCGGCAAGCGGCGCUCCGGACUCUCCCUUCGGCGCAGCGACGACGCCCAAGGGGGAGGGCUGGAAGAAGCUGCGCCGGAAAGGCAGGAUGGCCGACGGCGCCGACGCCCCCGGCACGCCGAGGAGCCCCACCGUCUACGAUUGGUGA